AUGGCUUGUGUCACAGUAGCUGCCUUUGAAGUGAAAACUCCCCAGAGACAAGUGACAGCAGUCCGUGGUCGUCCAGCAUUACUGCAGUGUCUUUUCACUCCCGGUUCAGACUCCAGCCUGAAUGAUCUGGUCAUAACAUGGCAACGAGCUGACAGCUCCAGAGUUCUACACAGCUUUUACUAUGGAGUAGAUCAGCUUGGACAGCAGAGUUCGCACUACCACAACCGAACCAGAAUGAAUUCUUCAGAGCUCCUAACAGGCAAUGCCUCCCUCCUACUGUUUGAUGUAGGACCCAGUGAUGAAGGUCAGCAUAUGUGCACUGUGAGCAACUCAAAGGGAACAGAUAAAGCAGUGGUUCAACUGAACUAUGGAGCUUUUUAUACUGAACCAAGGCUCACCAUUGCGAUUGACUCCGCUAAUCUAAUUAUCCAGUAUGAGAGUGAGGGUUAUCCAGAACCAGACAUUGAGUGGAAGGAUCUCUCUGGUCAGAACCUGACCCAUAAAUCACAGAUACUUCAGGACAACCAAGACCAGGGCCUCCUGAAGCUCAACACACUCCUGACUGCAGACCCUUCACAAGGAGUAAACUUUACUUUUACCUUACGGAACCCUCUGCUGCAUCAGGUUUUAGAGAGGAUUGUCACGCUACACCAUGUUUUCCAAAAAGACCAUGGGACCUGCCCGCGGGAAAGGCUAGCUAUACUCAGUCCCAUUCUUUUGUUUUUUCUCAUAAUAUUUGUAUUGUUAUGCCCAGCAAUAGGGAAAAAGGUUGCUAAAUAA